AUGAAAAUCUUCUGGGACGAUCAAAAUUUUCUUGAAAACAAAAAUUCUUUAUACCUAGUUAACAGCAUCGUCACAACAUUAAUUAGUAAACGUUUAUUAAAAAGAGAAAAAAAAUACAAAACUUAUUUUCUAAUUCGCUAUGAUUUGACUUGUAAAACCAAACCAAAAAUUUGUAUAUUUCUAGCUUCCCUUUCCUCUACAAAAAAACAUUCACGUUCAAAAAGUAGUACGUUACCAAAUAAUGGUAGAAAAAAACCAUCAACAUUAAAUAUCCAUCACUCAGUUAAUAACAAUACUUUAAUAUCAUCAUCACUCACAUCAUCUAAGAAAAAUACUGAUCAGAAUCCUAACGCUAAUAACAAAGCUAAUCCCAAUAAUGCUAACAAUCGCAAAGUUCCGAAUAAGACCAUUGAAAACAAAAACAUUCAAAACAAACAGCUCAAAUUAAAUAUGAGACCGACAAAUUUCAAUGGGCAAUUGUUAACUGAUAAUUUGACGAAUGGUCAUCAACGAAACAGCAAGAAAAAAGCACUGGAAAGUAAGUAA